AUGAGAUUCACGCACCAAUUUAGUAAGCAGUUCCGUUCAUGCAUUUAUGUCAUUUUUCUCCUCGUGUUAUCUGUAAUAGGAAUUAAGCUCCUCAAGUACCUCAAAAAAAAGUAUCCCCGAUUUUUAAGCAACCACAAAAUUGUUCAGCAGUGCAGCAAAAUCAUCACGCGGAAUAAUAUCUUCCCGCACAACCUGUUGUACAGGAUCGUCAAAUACGGCAUCAUCAGCAAAAACCACUAUGAGGACAAGAUUAUCCACAGGAAGAAUGCCUCCUUCUAUUACUUGAGAAGGGCAAUCUUCUUUCUACACAACUAUAAAUUCGUGCACAUAAAAAAGAAGCUCAACUGUCUGUUUAUUCGAAACAACAUCACGGACAUACGAAACUUAAAACACCUGACGUACAAGAAAGUCAUCCAGUUUAAGAAGGACAUGAACGUCUGCCUAGUGGAAGCCUACAACUCAUUCAAUUAUAAAAACAAAAAAGAACUCCUCUAUAUAUACUUCAAAUUAUAUUCCAAGAUAUUUUUUUUCUUUCAGAGUGAGAACAUUUACUUCUUUCAUUUCCUCACCCAUGUGUUGUUGGUCUCUUGGGUGUACACGCCGUUAAGUCAGUCCUUGCAUGGAGAGGAUGGCUAG